CAGAACGACAUCUCAGCUACACCCGUAUCAUCAAGGGCUUGCUCGACCGAGGUUCCGAUGAUGGAGUCAAUAGUCUACACAGCAGCACAGAUAUCGAACUGCAACGUUGGCUCACUCGUGAAUCUGGAGUCCGUACUGGAAUGUUGAUGUGGUUCCUCGACUCGAUAAUGCUGUACGAGUUCGGUGUAAGGCCUUUAAUGGACCUCGAUGAUGCCAAAGCCAGGCAUCCCUCACGCGAGGAUGUAUCAAGGGAUUCGCUCCUCAUUCGACACGGCAACAGGGUGUUUCCCACCAUAACACUUGCUGAAGCUUUGGAGACGUUGUACAUUGAAAACCAGUUGCCUGCGGACUUAAGCGAAUUUAGCGUGGGACUCUUGAUACACGCGACCUAUCGGCACCGAAAUGUGUCCCGAAAUCUCGAUAAUUGGCCAUAUCCUCGACCCUCAAGCUACACCGAAAGUCCUUGGCGAAGGUCAUUACCUGCUCACCGCCGGCUUACAGGCACUAGUCAACACGGAUCAUAUUUCGCACGCUGUAGGUAAUGCACCGCAAUUUACAUGGGGUAUAGAGGAGUCAU